GUUUAAGCGUUUAAACCGAUGGAAGACAAUCAACUUUAAUGGUUUACAAGCGAUGCAGAAUUAAUAGUAUAUUUGGGAAUGUGACAUUGUAAUGCUUAAUCUAACAUUAAUGAACGUUAUUUCUCGCGAGUAAAUCAACACGCUUAACACAAAAGGCGCGUCUCAUUUCUCUCCCUCGUGAAUUAGUUUAUACACGAACUCGUUAUGUAGUGAUGGAGAAACUGAGCUUUUUAAAGGGUUUAAUUCAACCAAAUGCUUCUCAAAAUGAUUCAUGGUUUCUAAGCGAGACGUGCUGCUCAAAACAAUGUCAACGAAGGAGAACAACAAACAUAAUGACAACUUUUACAAACGAACUGCAAAUGUUUUCAUGACAAUAUUUUAUUUUAUUUAUUAUUAAUUUGUAGUGCUAGUUUGUGCUAGUGUUUUUUUUUGUUUGUUUGUUUUUUUUUUUUUUUUUUUGCUAAUCAGUUACUUUAAGACCAUUAACUCUCACUCUGACUGUCACCCUUACCAGUGCACUCACUACUGAACUAGGGAGCUGAUUGAGACACACUCAGAAAUUUAGUUUGGAUUUAUUCUUUUUGUUAAUUAUUCUCAUCUUAAACAGGACUGAGAUCCACGUGACACACUAUUAUAAAGAUGGCAUUUAUUAAAGAGGAGAGUGAAGACAUAAAUGUGGUGAUUAUUAAAGAGGAGAGUGAAGAAAUGAAGAUUGAAGAAACAUUCAAAGUGAAACAAGAAGAUACUGAGGAACAAACAGACUUGAUGGCAUUGAAAGAGGAGAGGGAAGAACUCAAUGAAACUGAAGAGAAAGAUCAAUAUGAGAAUCAUAAUGAUUUCAUAAAUGGAGAAAAAUCUUUUUGUUCUGAAAAGACUUUAACACGAAAAAAAGGUAUAAAGACAGGAACUAGAAGCUAUUUCACUUGCUUUCGAUUUGGAAAGGGCUUCAAUCAACGAGGAAACCUUAAAGUACACAUGAGAAUUCACAAUGAAAAGAAGACUUACACCUGUCAACAGUGUGGAAAAUGUUUCGCUCUAAAAGGAAACUUUAACAGGCACAUGAGAGUUCACACUGGAGAGAAGUCUUACAAAUGUCAACAGUGUGGAGAGUGUUUUGCUCAAUAUGGAAACCUUAACGUUCACAUGAGAAUUCAUACUGAAAAGAAGCCUUUCGCCUGUCAACAGUGUGGAAAAUGUUUUGCUCUAAGAGGAAACUUUAACAGGCACAUGAGAAUUCACACUGGAGAAAAGCCUUACAAAUGCCAACAGUGUGGAGAUUGUUUUGUUGAACAUGGAAACCUUAAAGUUCACAUGAGAAUUCACACUGGAGAGAACCCUUACACAUGCACUCAGUGUGGAAAGAGAUUUGCUCAACAUGGAAACCUUAAAGUCCACAUGCGAAUUCACACUGGAGAGAACCCUUUCAUUUGCCAACAGUGUGGAAAAAGUUUCACUCGUAAAAUAAGUCUGGACAGGCACAUGAGAAUUCACACUGGAGAAAAGCCUUACACAUGCCCUCAGUGUGGAAUAAGUUUCACUCUAAAAGGAAACUUUAACAGGCACGUUAGAAUUCACACUGGAGAGAAGCCUUACACCUGCCAUCAGUGUGGAGAGAGCUUUACUCAGCAUGAAAACCUUAAUGUUCACAUGAGAAUUCACACUGGAGAGACCCCUUACAUAUGUCCUCAGUGUGGAAAGAGAUUUGCUCAACGUGGAAACCUUAAAUCCCACAUGAAAACUCACACUGGGGAGAGCCCUUUCAACUGCCAACAGUGUGGAAAAUGUUUCACUCGAAAAAUAAGUCUUGACAGGCACAUGAGAAUUCACACUGGAGAAAAGCCUUACACCUGCCUUCAUUGUGGAAAAAGUUUCCAUCAACAAGGAAACCUUACAGUCCACAUGAGAAUUCACACUGGAAAGUGUCCCUUCACUUGCCAACAGUGUGGACAAUGUUUCAAUCAUAAAGGAAGCCUCAACAGGCACAUGAGAAUUCACACUGGAGAGAAGCCCUAUACAUGCCAACAGUGUGGAGAAAGUUUUGCUCAAUAUGGAAACCUUAAAAUCCACUCAAGAAUUCACACGGGUGAGAACCCUUACAAAUGUUCUCAGUGUGGAAGGAGUUUCGAUCAACAUGGAAAGCUUAAUGCCCACAUGAGAGUUCACACUGGAAAGAGGCCUUACAUAUGCCAACAGUGUGGAAAUAGUUUCGUUCAUAAGGGAAGCCUUAGCUGGCACAUGAGAAUUCACAGUGGAGAAAAGCCUUAUACAUGCCAACAAAGUGUGGAAGAAGUGUCACUUGAAAAGGAAUUCACACCAGAUAAAAGCCUUUCACCUGCCAACAGUGUUGAGAGUUUUGUUUCUUCCAUGCAGUCCACAUGAGAAUUCACACCAGAGGGAACCCUUACACUGUGUGGACUAAGUUUCAGGUGAAAAGGAAACCAGUAACACAUGGCAAUUCAUUCAAGAGGGAACCAUUUUAAAUAUCAUCAGUGGCUAUGUUUACAUGCUCAACUUUUGUUUUAAUCGGGAUUUAUUCAUACUGAUUUGAUGAAUCCGAACAUAGUGUUUCCAUGAACGCUAAAUAAAGUGAUGGGGUUGAUGUGCACGUUUAUGCCUAUUGAUUGGAUUAGAUAAGGAACAAAGCACCCGUUCCAAUCCAAUCGAAAUUUCAUUCGGAUCGAGCUCAAUCGGAUCGAUUAUGGUGUUUACAUGAAGGCUUUUCAGUCCUAAUGAAUCAUCAAUCAGAUUACUAACGGAUUUUUUUUUAGUUGCAAGUAAACGUAGCCAGUGUGGAAUGAGUUUUACAAAUAAGUAGAGCUGUUUUACAGCUGAAUCGCAAUUUGCAACAUCGACAGUAGUAUUGAACUGAACUGUAUCAACAUUAAAAUGAUUAAAUGAGUAACUAUGGCUUUUUUAAAUAUAUAUAUUUUUUUAUUUAAAGACAUGUUAUAACAAGACAAACACAUUCAAAUUCAAAUAAUCAACAGUAAAGAAGAAAAAAUCUUAAAACCCUUAAAUUAAAUUAAUACAAGAUGCACCCAAUAAUAUGUCUCUUCUUACAAUAAGAAAACAAUGGGAUAUUAGAAGAUAUGUAAGACAAUCCAAGCAUCUUCAAAAACCUUAUAUCUGUCUUUAAUGAAAUCUGUUAUUUUCUCCAAUUACCUUUUCAUAGUUCCUAGAACUAUUGGCUGAAGUACCCAGAUUUUUGGCAAGUUUGUACCGCAGGAAAUAGGAACGAUUUUGGUUCUAGUAACUCCUUUUGGGGGAACUAAGCUCCUACUUCAGAGUAGGGUCUAAACCAGCACUAUAGAAACUAUCAAUGACGUUGGUCAAACGCUGGUGCCCGGCAUUGUUAAAAAGCCGUGUAAACAUAUUAACUUCACGAACAUGGAAAACAGUGAUAACAGCAUGUACCUGUUGUCUGCAGGGUUGUUCUUUUCUCUGCCUUGAUGAUAUUUAAAGCUCGAAACACACCAAGCUGAUGGACGGCCGUCUGGCUUUUUUCCGGCCGAUUCGACAUGUUGAAUCUGUGUCAGAGCUUGUCGUCAGUUGGGCCAUCUGAUCAUUCUGAUUGGCUGUUCAGCUACUGCCACCUGCUGGUUCGGAAAGGCAUUUCUUCUUACGCAGGCGCAGAACGGAUGUGCUGCUUGGCCAUCGAAUUUGGUGUGUCAGGGCAACUUUGGGCCCAGACGCUGCCUCGGCUUGGUGUGUUCCUGGCUUAAUACUAAAAGUUGUCAUAUGAGAUUUUGUCUCUUAGACCCACUUUUUGCUCUUUCAGUGUCAUAAAUUAUGCAUUUACAUUCCAGCGCCAUUAUCACAAAACCCAAGACACACCACAAACACAGCUCCGAUCAUGGCAUCAUCCAUCCACCGGUUUUAAGUGUUUGUUAAUGGUGCGCUUAAAGACGCCGCUGCCGGCUGAUUCACAGUUCAUACUGCUAGUGCAAAUGCAACCAGGAACACGGCCUGGGGGAGAAAUUAGUUCCCGGGGAACUAUCCUAGUGGCUAGUUCCUGUAACUGAGUUCCUAGAACUAUUCGGUGUAAAAGUCCCUAUUCAUUGCCAUCUUCUAAAACUUGGUGCCUCCAACUUUUUCCAGUGAAGCGCUAUAAGACGCAUAGCUUGUAGAAUACACAUGUAGACAAAUAUGUUCUCUUCUUCUCAACUUAAAGGGUUAGUUCACUCAAAAAUGAAAAUUCUUUCAUUAAUUUAUUACUCACUCUCAUGUUGUUCCACACUCGUAAGAGCUUCAUUCAUCAUAAAUAUUAGGACCAAUGGGCAUAUUUUGAAUAUGCUAGAAACAAACACACAAAAAUACUCAGGUGUUCAAAAUGUUCAGUGAUCAGUUAACCCUUAUGUAUUGUUUUGGGUCAAUUUGACCCGUUUUGAUUUUUGAGUUGUUGGAAACAUCAGUUAUGUUUAUGUUUUGUUAUGUUGGUUUUUAACUACCCUAGUGAAGGUAAAAGGAGUUUUCCUUCACCUAUUUUAAUACUGAAAAAUAUUUUGUCAGCCACACAUUUUUUUUUCUUCUUUUUUUUUUUUUCAAUCUAUCUGAAAUACUAUCUAACAUUUAGGGUUAUGAACAUGCAUGCAAAGUUUCAACACUUGCAUUGUGAAUUGUGCAUACAGAAAUUUUAUACGAUCUUGCUCUUCGUGGGUCAAUUUGAAAAGCAACUGUAAUUCAAAAAGCAUUCAAAAGCAACUGUACAGACCCAAAACACUUAUUUGUUGUAUGUCAGAACUCUUCCACUCUAGUACUGAAGUGCCAGUGUCUUCCUGAGUUUAACAAAAAAAAAUUUUCAAAGUCUGUGAAAAUAAAAUUUUUUACCUGUUUAA